CCUCGCCAUGUUGGAAGUGGCAACCAUUACCGCAUGUUUGGUAAAGUUUCGCACAAAACAAACUAAAUAAAGUUAGUUUCAUUUGUAAAAAUAGAAUUAGUUUUACGUUGUAUAUAUUUCAGUUAUUUUUUACGUAAAAACGUAUGGGUGGAUGUGAACAUUCUUAAUAUAAUUUUUUGCGUGGCAGUGGUAGUAGUAGUAGUAGUAGUAUUACAACUAACUGGUUGUUACCCCAUACAAUUUUUGACGGUAAUAUUAUCAGCCUUACUUUUGAAAUAUAAAGAAUAGAAAUUGGCAUUUUGACACUGUUUUCUCAAAAAUGCCACCCACAACAUAGGGACAACAUGGGCAUAUUUAAACAGGAAGCAUUUUAUCUGCUAUAAGUCAAUGGUUUAAUCACACAAAAAAGUAAACAAGAGAGGAACACGCACAAAAGUUAAUAUUUGACACGCCGAUUUAAUUCUGUUUUCAAUCUGCCUUUGCUUUAUGUAGUCAAGCGAGACUUGGCGCCUGGAAAGUAAAAUUUAAUAAACUAAUAAAAAGUUUGGUUAUUUAAUAUCAGGGUGCACAAGCAGGUUUUCUUAAUAGGCUAAAAUAUAAUUUCAACCUGUAAAGUCAGCAUUCAUUUUUUUACGGGAAUUACGUAUAAACUCGUUCUCCAGUUAUAUUUACUACAAAUCCCAGAAUGCAUGUGUUGGUUACCUUGGAAUCAGAUUGUUGUGUGUAAAGGCUGCUUCAGUAAAGAAGAGCCCCACCGAAACGUCAAUUCGAACAUUAUUACACGGUUAUUGAAAGUGUUCAUGGAUAAGAUUAUGUGUGGAGCUCCGGUGGAUUUAUCUUUCAGAAGUCUCACCAGAUUGACAGGUUCUGAUCUUCAUCAUGGUUUCUCUAAAUACGCUUGGACAGAGAAUCCCCACAGCAGUGUUCGACCUUUAAAAAAAAAUUCAGAAAGUAAAUAUCUUAGCUGCUCCCUCCGUCUCAGUAACAACAGCAUCAUUGACCUGUGUGACCUCCAUCAAACAGUGAGCCACUUCCUGGCUGAACCCUCAAGUCUCGCCUGGCUGGACCUCUCCUUCAACAAACUCUCACAUAUAGAUAAGGUUUUGUGCGAGUUGCAUGGACUCCGCGUGUUAUAUCUUCAUGGAAACAACAUUUCUACUCUGUCAGAGGUGGACAGGUUGGGUGUGCUCCCCCAUCUUCACUCCGUCACUCUACAUGGAAACCCCAUAGAGACUAACAAGACUUACAGGAAUCGUGUGAUUUCUGCAUUGCCGCAGUUAAAAACGAUGGACUUCAGUGCUGUGACACAGCAGGAGCGAGUCCUGGCUAAGCUGUGGCAUCAAAGCAACUCCCGCUGCAGAAGAAGCAAGAAGAGCCUUCACUGAAUGCUAGUGUGUGGAAAUCAUAACUCAAUUCAAAAGCUUCACUGCAAGAAAACAGAUUUUUAAAUAUGCACAUUUGCCACCAGUAUUUCAACUGAAAUUAGUGUUGUAAAUAUUUCUUGCAAUUUAAUGUCACAAUUUGAGGUUUCUGUGCUGGAAAUAGAAAAAUAACUGAGAUUUAGUUUUUUUGUUUGAGAACAUCACUGAAACCUACUCGUUUCACAUUUUAGUCAGUAUUAACUUGCAAUUUUUCAAAUCUAAUCAUGGCAUGGAAUAUGAGUUUAACCGAUUAUGAAGUUUAAGUUCAAACAUCUUUGAACUUACAGGUGCAUCUCAUCUGUAAGUUGAAUAAUAUUGAACAGUUAUGCCAUGUCAACAAUCCUAAUUAGGACAUGUAAACCUGAAAUAUUUAAUGGAUUUAUUACAUAGAGAGUGUUAUAUUUUUGAGUGUUUAUUUCUAAAAAAAAAAAAAAAAAGAUUAUUAGGAAUUA